CCUGCCUGGAACUGACGGUAGGCAGGAACGAAGCGGGGAAGGACACACGGAGAGGAAGAGGCUGACUGGCUCAUUCACUCAGGGAAGGAAUGAGCGAGGGUAGGAAGAGCAGGACGAGGAGGGACUGAGGGGGAAGAAGGCGGAGCUUCCCGGCCAGGAGGAAAUGCUUGGCACCCCCUAGCAGCAGCUUUUGAACAGAGAAUGAAGCUCGAGCGGAGACGCCGAAGAAGAGACGGCGGCGGGCUGCAGAGAAGCGGCGAGAGCGGUCAAGUUAAGCUGAGGGAGCAGCAGGUAUGAAUUGUUGGCACCUGAGCAAGGAACCGAUAUUAUACAGAGCCAGCUGCUGAAGGGCCAUUCUAGCUUGGUUCCUUCAUUUGCCCCAUCCUUAGUUGUUAAGCAGAGGAGCAGGAGGAGGAGUUCCUCGCGAACUAUAGAUGUAGUUGUUACAAGGCAGGAAUGAUCUUGCAGAAUAGCCCAGAUUGUUAAGCACUGGGCAUGUAAUCCAGUUCUAGAGUCCAGAGAUGAUUCUCACUCAUGAGACCGAGUAGAUGAACCGAUUUUCCUGCACCUUCCUCCUUCCAGGGAAGGCUGAUCAAGCAAGGAACCGUAUAUUCUAACUCUGCAGUAGGAGACGGAGUGGGAGAAAUCAAAAGUAGAUACUGCAAAACACAAUGUGUCAGGCUUUGGAAAGGCAACCGUGUCUGUUCGGAAUAAUCAUCUAGCAUCUGAGGACACAUUCACGCCUCCCACUAAGCUUGCCUUCCACUUCGUCUUAGUAUUAUAAUUCCGUCCCCUGUCUGGUUCUGUUCCCUACCCUCCCUCUCCCUUUGUGUUUCUACACUGCCAAAAUAUUUUCUGGAAAUAUAAAACCAGUUGGAGUUUGACACCUGAAGAUAAAAAAAUAAGCAAGAGGAGAAGUGGGAACAAGAGUGAUGUCCUUUUAUCUUCCCUCUUCUUCAAAGAUGAGGUGCUUUCUGCUGGAGCUGACAUCUCUUCUGCUACUGGGACUGGCAUUUGCACAACGUCAAGUCACUGUUCAAGAAGGCCCUCUAUACCGCACUGAAAAUUCCCACAUCACCAUCUGGUGUAAGGUCAGUGGCUACCAAGGACCAUCGGAACAGAAUUUUCAGUGGUCCAUAUAUCUCCCAUCUGCUCCAGAAAGGGAGGUGCAAAUUGUUAGCACCAUGGACCCAUCCUUCCCUUACGCAAUCUACACCCAGCGUGUCAGGAGUGGAGAAAUCUAUGUAGAGAGGGUCCAGGGGGAUUCUGCUCUAUUGCACAUCACAAAGCUCCAAGACAGGGAUGCUGGCGAGUAUGAAUGUCACACACCCACCACUGAUGAAAGAUACUUUGGGAGCUACAGUGCCAAGAUGAAGCUGAUGGUUAUUCCUGACUCCCUGCGAGUGACCUCAGAAGCCCUGACCCUAAACAAAGUGCAGCAUGAUUCUCUGGAGUUGAAGUGUGAGGUAUCCAAGAGUACUGCACAGCACAGCCACAUUUCUAUUGCCUGGUACCGACAGAAAGCAAAUGAGCCUGCUGCAGAGGUGAUCUCCCUCAGCCGGGAUUUUGUAUUGCAUGCAGGAAGUGACUACAUCCAACGGCAUGCCAGUGGAGAUAUCCGCCUGGAUAAAGUAGGCGAGACUCAAUCCAAGCUUACAAUCUACAACUUGCAGUCUUCUGAUGAGGGCGAGUUUUACUGUGAGGCAGCUGAGUGGAUUCAGGACCCUGAUGCCACCUGGUAUGCAAUGACCCGCAAGCGCUCGGAGGGCACCGUGGUCUAUGUGGAAGGAAUUGCCAGUACUCACUCUAGUUUUGAUAUGGAUAUCAAUGUACGGCUAGAAACAGAGAAGCGGACAUACACAGUGGGUGAGCCAGUGGAGUUCAGAUGCAUUCUGGAAGUACAGAAUGUUGCAAAGAGAUACUUUUCCAUCUCAUGGGCCUUCAACAGUUCCCUGAUUGCCAGCUUUGGGGCUAAUGCUGUGCCAGUCCUUAACAAUGAGUUUGCCCAGCGAGAAGCUCUGGGGCAACUGAAAGUAGCCAAAGAGAGUGACAGUGUCUACAUCCUAAAAAUUUACCGACUCCGCCUGGAGGACAGCGGCAAGUACAACUGUCGAGUGACGGAGCGCUUGAAGACGUCGACUGGUGAAUUUAUUGAUGGAGAGAGCAAACGACCAAAGAAUACACCCAUCACUGUCCUGCCCCUUAAGACCAAUAUUUCAGUUGAGGUGACCAACAAUGCCAGCAGUGUUCUAGAAGGAGAGAGCCUGCGAUUUGGUUGCAGUGUUCGCACAGGGUUUAGGCCCCAAAACCAACUCUCUGUCACCUGGCAACUUGUGGACAAGCAGAACCGUCACAGUGACAUUGUGCAACUUGACCGGGAUGGAACUCUUCACUCUGGCUCCUCUUAUGCUGAGCGCAGUAGCUAUGGUGGGAUCCAGAUGGAGCAGAUACGUCCUGGAUCCUUCACACUUGAAAUCUUCAACAGCCUCAAGGCAGACGAGGGCCACUAUGAAUGUCAUAUCACAGAGUGGACACGUAGGCUGGAUGGGGAGUGGCAGAUGAUUGGGGAGCGACAUAAUGGUUCUGCAGUGUCCAUCACAGCACUGGAUGCUGGCUUUGCCGUUACAGCCAUCUCCCGCACUCCUGGAGUUACCUAUAAUGAGUCAUUUGAUUUACAAUGCAUCAUCAAACCACAUUAUCCAUCCUGGGUUCCAGUAUCUGUGACGUGGCGUUUUCAACCAGCAGGCAGCAGCGAAUUUCAUGAUCUUGUCACCUUCACUCGGGAUGGAGGCGUUCAGUGGGGAGAUAGGUACGCUGGGUUCCGAACCCGGACAGCCAUCGAGAAAACUGAGUCCAGCAACAAUGUGCGCCUGAGCAUCAGCAGGGCCAGUGACACAGAGGCAGGCAAAUAUCAAUGUGUGGCAGAGCUCUGGCGGAAGAACUACAACAGCAGCUGGACACGACUGGCAGACAGAACCUCUAACUUGCUUGAAAUCAGGGUUUUGAGGCCUGUGACAAAGCUGCAGGUCAGCAAGUCAAAGCGGAGCAUCACCCUUGUGGAAAACAGGCCCAUUCCCCUGAACUGCUCUGUAAAGUCUCAGACUAGCCCAGACUCUCACUUUGCAGUCCUCUGGUAUGUCCACAAGCCAUCUGACACGGAUGGAAAGCUCAUCUUGAAGACCACCCACAGCUCUGUGUUUGAGUAUGGCACCUACGCAGAGGAAGAGGGACUGAAAGGAAGACUGCAGUUUGAGAGGUCAUUAUCUGGGGGACUCUUUAGCCUCACAGUCCAGAGAGCCCAGGUCAGCGACAGUGGUAGCUAUUACUGCCAUGUGGAGGAGUGGCUGCUCAAUCCCAACCAUGCCUGGUAUAAGCUGGCUGAAGAAGUUUCUGGCCGGACGGAAGUCACUGUCAAGUUGCCAGAUAACCUUUUGGAAGUGAACCAGACUCAGAGGAACCUCACAAUUCUAGAGAACGAAUGGGUGACAUUAGAGUGUCUGGUCACCAACCGAAGCAGUUAUGCUUCUCAGUUGUCUGUGGAAUGGUACAUGUGGAAAUCGGGCCACCCAGAGAAAGAAGCAGUCCUAAAGCUGACCCGUCAGGCCACCCUGUUAUAUGGAGAACUGUCAGCACUGAAUGAUCUGAAGAGUCGGCUGCAUUUGGAAAGCCCUUCUCCGGGCCUCUAUCUUCUCACCAUCCAGAAUAUGACCAUGCAGGACAGUGGGAUCUAUGAUUGCCGGGUGGAGGAGUGGUUACUGGAUCCCACAAAUACCUGGUACAAACGGGCUGAGGACCUGUCUGGGCUGACAACAAUUAUGGUGAAACAGCCAGAUGCCUUAUUGCAAGUGGAUACAACAAUGGCCAAUCUCACAGUGCCAGAGCAGGGGCAGUUCCAUUUGGAUUGCAACAUCCUGUCGCUUUCCAGCCGAGACUCCCGGUUUGCUGUGACAUGGUUCGCUGUGAAGAUUAAAGAGAGAAAUGGGCAUGCUGGUCGCAAGAAUGGAGAAGAAAGGGAGGCCUUAUUAAGAGUAGGCCAGGACGCCAUCUUCAGCCCAGAAGUUAGCCCCUGGGAAGGCAGACUGCGCUUUCAGAGGCUCUCAGCCAUGUUCUAUCGACUGACUGUGUUGCAGGCAGGUGCUACAGAUACUGGCAAUUACUCAUGCCGGGUAGAAGAAUGGCUCCCAGACCCCAGGGGAGUGUGGUACAAACUCACCGAGGAAGAUUCUGGCCCUAUAGCAGUUCAUGUGCAAAACACAGGCUCCUCUCUACAGUCUGUCAUCUGCUCCAACGACUCCCUCUUCUACUUUGUGUUCUUUUACCCCUUCCCCAUCUUCGGCAUCCUCAUCAUCACCAUCCUGCUGGUGCGGUUCAAAAGCAGAAAUUCCAGCAAGAAUUCUGAAGGCAAGAAUGGGGUCCCCUUGCUGUGGAUCAAAGAACCACACCUAAACUACUCACCCACUUGUCUGGAGCCUCCCGUUCUCAGUAUCCACCCAGGGACUAUAGAUUAAAAGGGAGAGACCUACAGAGAGGUGAAGAUGCACCUGGAACCCAAAGGAAUUAUUUUUGUUGUCUUUUUAUUCAGCAUUUGUACUUUUUGGAUCCAAACUAAGCUCCACCGUGAUGUCCCUGUGAUCUUUUUGGACCGGAGGAACUUGAGCACCCCAGAAUGCCGUGAAGAUCCAGCCAGUGGCAUGGGGAGGGGAGGUCCAUGUGUUCACUGUAUAUAGUGGUUUUUCUAAUUGGGUUUUUCCCCUCCAUCCAUUCUCAACAGUUGUCCCUUGGCCUGUAAUUUUGUUGCAAAAAGACAUAUUCUUGUAUUAUUAUGCAGAGGACAAUCCCCAGGGGGCAUUGAUUUUGGUGGGGCUCUCAUUGUGCCAAAGCAGGGCACAUUUUUGAGCUUGUUUUAUCAAAUGGGCUUGUUUUGACAAAAACUUGAGCCUUUGAAUUGGAGAGGGCCAGAAAAGACCAAACUGGCUGCCUUUUGCUCUGGAGAAAACACAACCAGAUCUGCUUUCAGCCAAGUAUCAAGCAGCAGCAUUUCUGUUAGGUUGGAUAGCCUCUGCCGCCCUUCUAACUCCAGAAGUUUUUCAUUCCUCCUAAGGACUGAAAAUGCCUAUAGGGUGGCUUUGCCAUUGGCAUCACAUUUGAAUUGUUUGUGCCAGUUGCAGUCCAGCAAAGGCUUGUAUGUGUCAGUGAGGCAGAAUUUCUGAGCCGUGAUGGCCCCAGUACUACUGCCUAUACAAAUCUAUUUACUAAAAAGGCAUACGGUUGCCCUCUGUGUUUUCUUAAGCCCACUGCCACUCCUUUGGAGACUGCAGGUAUGAAACCCGGAACUCCUGUUUCUAAAGACAUUCAGACUAAUCAGAGUAAUGAUUUAGGAAGUAGAGAGAAAGUGGCUGCCUCUUUGAGUGGGACUGGCUUCGAAUUGGGCUCUGGGAUAUUGAAACACAGGACAGAGAAUGUAUGGACAUAUUGACCAAGUUUCAUUUCCAGUUGCGCUAAAUACCCAAAGGAACUUGUAUCAGGCAAGAAAAGGAUCUCUGAAUAGUCUCCUUUCCCUCUUGUAACUGUGUGUGCCAUUUUGCUACUUCAGCUUUAUUUUUCCAGGUGCAACACCUUUCACCGCCAUUCCUCACAGCCCUACAAAAGCCACAAUAAGUGGACUAUGAGGACAUGCUGUGGCAAAAAAAAAACCCUGCUGUUCUUUCUAUGAAAGACAUGGUGUUUGUUAACAAACAAUGUUGGGAGCUGAUACAGGCAGAAUACCUACUUUCCACCAACUGUUCUUCUCCUGUACUAUCUUGGAAAUGCUUGUUAUCUCUGAUGGACCACCACUCUUAUGCCCCAGGGGCAGGGAAACAUAUUUUCUAGAAAAUUGUUAUUUGCUGUCUUCCUAAAAAUCUUCCCAGCAAAGCUGGUCACAACCUUUUUCAUAAAACAACUGAAUCUAUGUAAAGACAUAUGUUGCCAGCCAUACGUGUCAGCAUGUUCAGCUGCUUUGGCAGGAGGGGGUGGCAGGUUGAAGGUAGGGAUACGAGAGAGUGAGCUCUUCCUGAGGAGUAAAAACAUCAUGAUAUAAUCUUGUUAGAAUGCACCUCUUGGAGCUCCUUGUGGAGAUAACACAUUUGCUUUAAUAAAUGGUGCUUUAUAACUGGUGGAAGUCCAUGCAGGAGUUUGUCAUCCAUGUGCUCUGCCAGGAGGAAAGGGAAUGCACAUGUUCAACUCACUCAUUCUCUAGGUAAAUGUACUGUAUUUACCCCAAGCUUUGACAUUUCUUUUAAAAAUCACCUCCUUUCCUCGUAAAGGAGGAUUUUGUAGCAUUCCAAUAAAGCAUCCAGAAUGUUCCCUGGACCAAAUUUGCCUCUGCAACCAAUUAUUCCUAGAUUAAAACCUCUGUGUGUGUAACGUGAAAACUCACACUCCUUCCUCCUGCCUGCCCAGCGAAUUCAGAAGGGAGGAAACAAAAAAUGAAUGGGAAUUAACAGCAAAGCAAAAAGAGAGCCCCCGGCUUGUGUCUGUUGUUUUAUAAAAUGUCCUGUACAUAUACUGCUUCGGGACAGGAGCUGUAACUCAGUUUGGCUCUUUAAAAAGGAAUAAAGUCAGCAAGAUGAUUUCCUGCCCUAAAGAACAUUGCAUCUUUGCAUUGAAAUCUGUUGUACUGAUCUAGUCGCCUCAGUGCUUCUCUGUGUAACCAGCAAUCCUUCCCUUUCCGUUUCCUUCUAUCUAUGGAAAGCUGUCCCACAGCGACCUCCAGUGGUCAGUCAUUCUAAUAUUUGACUAUGAACUCUUGGAAAAUAUGCAGAUAUUUAUCAAAGCCAGUAUAGAUAGAGGAUUGUCCCUUAAACAGCAUUGAUGAUCACACAGAUUACCUUGCAAAUGACUUGUCUGCUGUGCUGCCAAGCCGCUGCCCAGUUUGGGAUCCUGUUUCUUUUCAAAACAUGGACAUUGCCUAUAAUAAGCUCUACGGACAACUUUUUUCUCUAAUAAAUCCAGAGGAAAAAGAACAAGCUAAAUUUGCAUGAUGUGGGGAAACAGUUUGGGUUUUUAUUAUUAUUAUUACUAUUAAAGAACUUUGUACCAUGUUGCACUAAAUGUUUUAUACAACACACGACAGAGCUGUAGUAAACCGUCUUGAAAGUGUGACUUAAUGUCCUGUGUUGAUGGCUUUGAACUCUGCUACCAAAGCUUCCCUCCUCCUAUUGAUGCAACACAGCUGUCGAAGGAUGACUCCCUACCAAUGCCUGCAAUGUCAAAUAGUAUAUUCAAGCUCUGAGGUUCUUGCUCUAGCCAUGCACUUGGCACAGCUGCUGCACAUGGGAGUGAUUCCUCUGAAAGCAUGAAUGAGCAGUUGUUGCAUGCAUUGCCAGUGCCAGCACUUGGACAGAUCCUUGGUCCAGGCACUGCCAAGUGGCCUAAGAUGAGCCACCUGUAGUACUAGAAAAUGGAUUUCAUUGGCCUGUUCUUCCCCUAUUGUGCUGAAAGCUAAUUGCGGCCAUGCAGCUUUGUACUAGGAUUAGAAACACUUGACAAGUGCUUAGAAGAACUGCCUCCACUAAACUGGGCAAAACAGAAUGUUGGGGAGGAAGGAGGAGACUAAGAUGAUGAACAUAAUUAAUCCUUAUGAUUUGGGGAGGUGGAAUGGACAUCCAACUGUAUAAUUAGCAACUGUUUAUCAAUUUACAGUGAGAAGCAGCCUUCACCUUGUUGGAGGGAUGCCCUAAAAGUCUUAAUGGAGCUUUCCUCCCAUGGAUUCAGUCCCAGUCCACAGAGCUCUCUUGAGUCACAAACUAGGCAAGUUUGAAUGAUUGUUUAUUAAAAUUUUAAGGAUAUUGAUUACAGUAGAAAAAGUUUGUCAAAUAUAAUUCUAAAUCAGUGAAUGAAAAUCCAAAAAGGUUAAUUAAAUGAAAGAACAGAAAUGAUC